AUGGCUCGAAUUUUCAUCACUGGAUCCAGCGACGGCAUCGGUCUUGCGACAGCCAAGAUUCUUGUAGGGAGAGGCCAUUCGGUCGUUCUCCAUGCACGAAACGCCGCCCGUGCUGCAUCAACGCAAGAGGCAGUCCCACAGGCAGAAGCCGUUCUUGUAGCGGACCUGCGAUCCAUUUCCGAAACAAAGAGAUUGGCCCAGGAAGCCAACGAUUUGGGGACAUUCGACGCGAUCAUCCACAAUGCAGGCAUUGGAUACGGUGCCACAGCGAGUCGCGAAAUCACCGCUGAUAAGAUCUCGGCCGUAUUUGCCGUGAAUACGCUGGCGCCCUACAUCUUGACAUGUUUGAUGAAGAAGCCGACGUCGCGGCUGCUGUACAUGAGCUCGGACAGUCAUUACGGGGGAGACGAGAGCUUGCGCAAUGUCACGCAGUCCCAUUCAUACGGUGAUAGUAAGCUCCAUGAUGUGAUGCUCGCCAACGCAUUCUCGCGGCGAUGGGGUCGGGACGUUCAGGUUGUCAGUAUGCAUCCCGGGUGGGUGCGGACAAAGAUGGGCGGGAGUAUGGCUUCGUCUGGACUAGAGGAGCCGGGAAAAGCACUGGCCGAUUGGGCGACAGGCAUGGGGAGAUUGGCGGCUCUACCAAGUGGAUCAUUUUUGACUACAGCAGGUGCCAGGACCACUCACCCGGGAGCUGGAAAGGUGGACAAGCAGGAGGAGCUAUUGAGGAUUUGCAAAGAAGUCUCGAGCGUUGCUGUUCCAGGGGAAGAUUAA